GUUGCAUAUGAAAUAAGUGUUACCGAUAAAAUGUGAUUAUCUAUUCAUGAACGUGAUGCAUUAUGAAGUUUUGAGUUCAAUCGAGAGAUACCAAUCAAGAAUUUCAUUUGAAGAGAACUACGAAACACAGAAGGGGAUUACUUACUUAGAUCUUCAAUUUUUUGAAAAGUGUUCCCUUCCUUGUCUAGGAAGGAAGAUCAUAAUCAAUGGAUGUAGAGGAGCUAAAAGGUGUUAUAUCAUCACAGCAAUCAUAUCAAACAUUGCAGGAUGACUCAGACGCAACCCAAAGCCAAGAUAAUACUCCAGUAGAGGACAUUUCUUGUUGUACAAAGGUAAAAAAUGUGUUAUUUAGGUGUGGGACUUAUUAUAAAUCUCUCAAGAUUGAAGUGUUAGCUUUUUUCGUCAUUUUUUCAUACAACAUGACUGGAAUUACAUCCACCACCCUCAUCAUCGAUAAGGCUUGCUUAGUGCAUUUCGAAUACCCACGGAACAUCUGUUCGAACUUGGACAGUGACAACUAUACCGACAUCAAAACAAGUGUAGAAAAACUGGCAACUAAUUACCAACUGUGUCAUUCCCUCAUACAGGCAGUGCCUGCUGCAAUUUUGGCCAAUUUCAUUGGCCCUUGGAGCGACCACUACGGAAGAAGAUUCCCUAUUCUUUUGGCCGCAUUGGGGAUGCUUUUGGAUUCAGCAGGGUCUGCCAUCUGUGCAUAUUUCUUGUACUCCAGAAUUGAAUACUUUUUCAUACCAGCCAUAUUUUCUGGAGUGUGUGGCGGGAAAGUGACUAUCAUGGCCGUAGUGAUGAGUUAUGCAUCUGACAUAACACCAAUCGAAGGGAGGACCGUGAAAUAUGCUUUCUUGGGUAUGUACAUAGGGUUAGCAACGGCAGCAGGUUCCACAUCAGGAGGAUGGAUAUACAACUUCUUGUCCUAUCCAGCUGUUUACAUUUGUUCUGCUGUUGUAUUCGGCCUCGCCAUUCUGUGGGUGAUUUUUAAGCUUCCCGAAACCCGAGAAAUGGACAGCGAAGACAAGUGGUCAGAAAAACUCAAAAAUCUCUGCUCAUGUGACACUCUGAAAGAGAGCUGGAUCGCACUCACGAAGGAGAGACCGCAUCGUGGGAAGAUACAAGUAUUACUGUUGAUCGUAUCUGUUAUAACUAUUGUCAUUGCAAAUUACGGUACUGACGAUAUCGAUUACUUAUUCGUCCAUCAUCAGUUUGGUUGGAGCAAUACAAAAUUUUCCACAGUAAAAUCUGUUUAUACUGCUAUUGGAAUCCUCAUGUAUAUUAUCGUCUUACCUACUUUGAAGUAUUUUAAAGCUGGUGAUCCAGUCUUGGGCCUGAUAGGAACAACUUCCACUUUGGCGCUAAAUGUUGGCAUUGCAAUUGCGUAUAAAUCCGGAAUAUAUCACUUAGCAAACAUUGCUGGACUUCUGAACUAUUGUGCCUUAUUAGCUUGUCAGUCAAGAAUAUCGAAGCUUGUUUGCAAUGAAGAUUUAGGUAAAAUAUUCUCUUUCGUCUCUACCGCUGAAUCUCUGAGUCCAAUACUCGCCUCAGUGAUGUUAGCCCAAAUAUUCCGUAGCUCUCUCGACUUUUUCCCUGGAAUGUCUUAUGCAGUUGUAGCUUUAUUCCUCGUACUGCCAAUGGCAGUAUUCAUAUGGAUGACACGUCUGCAAAAACUUACUUGGGCUGAGAUCAAAGCCAGCCGUCCGGAUGAAAACUUCUCCAGCUCGGAAGGAAAAUAACUCUACAAAACUCGUAUCCAGUGAUAGUCAUGAACUCUCGCAAUGUAUUUAGGACUUCAUUUGAAGGUUCCGAUCAUUUCUUCUCAUGUGAACUCCUUCCAAAAUCUGUACGAAGUUGGUGAACCCCUUGUACCCAAAGUAAUAACUGAUAUAUAAGACAGCCACUGAUAAGUUUCUUACAGUACAUUUAAUAAACCGUUUGAAUUCUGAAGAAUUUUCUUGUCUUUGUCUCAUUGUCUUGAUAAAAUUAAAAAAUUCUCUAAAUUCAUAUAUUUUUGAAAGGAGCUGCGAAUCUAGACUAGACGUUAAAUCCCGGUUAUCACAAAUUUGCCAUUUGAACUGCGCUUGCGCGCGGACUUGGCCUUUUGGGCUUUCUGUUUUAAGAUUUCGUGUUGCUUGUUUAUAUUUAGGAUGAGCGGGA